AUGGUAGCUCAUAGUGAGAAGGUUGAAAAAGAGAGUGCAUGCCCAAAGUGCGGGAAGCAGUUUUUGCAAAUAGGUUGUUUGAAAAAACACGUAAAUAGUAAUCUUUGUAUUAAGUCAAGAAUCACUAGCCGGACAGAGAAACAGCUGAGAGAAUCGCUGCCGGUCAACGCCGCAUUAGGCUUCGCGAAAGAAGUAAGGAAUCUUGAGGCACCGAAAAACAUGCACAAUGACACCAACACAAUUGGGCAAAGUCUUUUUAACAGUAUGUUACAGGAAAGUGCAAGGAAAGAAUGUUCAAAACAAUCUAAAAGGUUUACCCUUGAACAGAAAGAAAUUAUGGUGACAUGCUUUGAAGAAGGUGAAUUGGACAAGAAGAAAAGAUAUACUGUUUCAAAAUGUAGGGAACUGCUUAAGAAGAAACUUGGGGAGGAACUAACUUUAACUGAACAAUAA